AUGUUUCAAAAUCAGCGACUACUUUUAUUAUUAGUUCUAAUUGCAAUUAGUUUUCUAAUUAUUUCACGGGAAACCAAGAAAACUUCAUCACAAAUAGUCUUAGAAUCGACAACAGAAAAACCAAAUCCAAAUGAAAGAAUUUCAUUUUUGGGAAAUGUUAUUGAAAAUCAUGGCGAGGAAAAUUCGGAGGAUUAUUUUUUGGCUGUUCAACCACAUAAAAAUAUUAAUAAUGGCACACCUGAUCAAAGUUAUGAAGAAGACCAUUUUGAUUCGUGAGUUAGAUAGAAAAUUGAUUUGAGACUUGAGAAAUCAGGUUUUUUUUUAAUUAAAAUUUCUCGAAAAAUAAGAAAUAUGAAAUGAAAAUGUUGAAACAGUGAAAUUUUUAGGAAUUUUUUUUAGAAAAUUACAAAAUUUUUUUCAAGCCAUGUUUUUUAAGUUUUGUGAAAAUUUGAUUCUAGAAAAAAGUAAACGUUUUGUGAAUCGAAAAUUCUUUUGGUCCUAAAUAUUGAACACUAUUAUCGAAAAAAUAUAAAUAGGAAAAUUGAAACAAAAAUCUUGAAACAGUGAACUUUUUUGAAAAAACAUAAUGUAGAAUAUUAGAAACAGUGAAAUUUUUGAAUUGUUUUUUAAAAAGAAAUAGUUUCAUUUGAAAUUUUGAGAAAUUUUUAAAUAAACUUCUAUAAUUUUUUAAAAAUUUCCAGGACAAAAUGCAACCUCCAAGAAUGGAAUCAAAUUGAAACAAAUACAAUUCCAAAUCAAAAGUAUCACAAUUUAUUAAUGAAAUCAAAAACAGAAAAGCACAACACACUGUUAAACAAAUCUCCAAGUCCAUUUUCAGCCUAUGUUUAUUCAGAUCAUAUUGUUGUAACUCUAACAUCUGAGCAGAAUUAUUCGUGAGUUUUCUAACCUGACAAAUUUGAAAAUUAGUUACAGUAAUUUGAAAAAAUGUUCAGUGAUGUUGUUUUUUGUCGAUAUUAUGAUUGUAAAAUGCGAGAAUUAUUUGGACAACAUUUCGAAUCUCGUUAUUUUCCACAAUCUACAGUUUUUUGUGGUCGAAGAAAAGGAGCGGAAUAUAUUUCGAUAACUGAAACAUUAGAAGAUGAAUCUGAAUUUCCGAUUAGAAUUAUUAGAAGAGAUUUGGGAAGUUAGUUUGGGUUUUGGUUUGAAAUUUUGAAAAUUUUUGAAUUUCUCAAAUCAUUUUUUGAGCUCCAUUGUUAAAUCAGAAAUCGAAUUAUUUGUGUUUUCAUUUAUCUACAGAAAAUCUAAUCCUGAUAUUGAUCAAACAGAGAAAUGAAACAAUAAUCAGAUUGUCCUUUAGUUUAAAAAUAAUAAUUGGGAAAUUGAAAUUAUGAUUCUACAGGGUGGCCCAUAAGUAUACGACGCCGUGUUUUGAGAUGUUACUGACUAUUGGGUGUAAUAUUUCCGUCAAGAUGUUUUUUCUUUAAUUAUUAGACACCUAAUAAGCAUGUUUUAAUAUAAAUUCAAUUGAUGUUUCACUUGGUUCCAGAAUUCCACGUGGUUCCGAUUUGAGAAACAAAAAUUGAGGCGCCGCGCCGCACGAGUCAGAUAGGUUCUGUGUAUUAUAAAAGGGCUCAAAAUGUGCCAAUCACUAUCAAUAUUUUUGUUUAGAAAUGCCAAAUAGUCCAUUUCAAUAUUCUACAGCACAAUUUAUAAAAAUUUAUCAUUUUGAAUUUUCGGCAAGCCUUUGAAUUCAAAAGUGAAAAAAUCACUUUUUCACCAAUUUUUUGAAAAAAUUAAUUUUUUUCAAAUUUCUUGAUGUUUUCUGGAUUUUUUAAAUUUUUUCUUGAUAAAUAGACCAAAAGUGGACCGUUGAGAAAAAUUAACUGAAUAUUUCAGAUGCUAAGUCAAAAUUUUCGAAAAAAAGUUGAUUUUUCCAAAAAACACAGACAUCCAGCCAAAAUCGGUUUUCGUAUGGGCUAUAAAUUCUGAAAUGCAAAGAUAUAGCUGGAAUUGGUUUAGAACUUCAUAUUGAAUCAAAGUUAAAAGUUUGUGACCCCAUUUCAAUCCCUAGCUCAUAUCCUAACACGCCAAAGUGUCAACCUAUAAAAACAACAGUUUCGCGGCGCGCCCACUUUUUGAUUUUUUGAACAUGUACUUUGGUACUAAAUCAACUUUUAAUGAGGCUUAUUUUCGUUCAAAAUAAGAAAAGAGGAUGUAUAGUAAGCAUGUAUGAUCUCACACAGAACAUUUUUCUAAAAUUACACCAAGCUACAAUGGCGUAAAGUUGACCUAAAUCAAUGAAAAAUUGAUUUUUUGAGUUACAAUUUUCCUAAAGUCCCUAGAAAAAUGACCAGAACGCAACUUUUCAAAAAAUGAUCUUGCAUUGGCUUUCUAGACUAUUUGAACUAUCAAAUGAACGCUUGACACAAUAAAAAAUACUCUCGGGGACUUUCUGGGUAGUCGUGGAAAAACCGUCGUAUACUUAUGGGCUACCCUGUAUAAAAAAUGUCGGAAAACUGAAGAUUAGGAUUUUUUACGGUAAUCAAUAAUGAUAAGAUUCACUGUAGAGAAAAUUAAGCUCUUCAACUUGAUUUGAAAUUUGUAACGUUAAAAAUCUGAUUUUCGGAAUACAAAUCCCCCAUUUUCUCAAUUCAAAAGUCAAUUUUCCAGAACCUUCUCAUUUCUUCACAGUUUGUUUAUCUCCACUUUACGGAGAAGAACCGAAAUUCUUGCAAAUCGUAGAUUUCAUCGAAUAUUAUAAACUUCAAGGCGCCACAUUUUUCCACAUUUAUGUCAAAAAUGUUUCGAAUUAUGAUCGAAUUCUUCUUGAUGAUUAUGUUCGAACUGGUGAAGUUGAAAUUAUUCAAAUUCAUGAUCAUUUUUGGAGAGCUGAUUUUAUGUGGCAUCGAGUUCAGAUUAAUGUGAGUUAGGCGAACUUCGGUUAUUUCCUGUAUGAAAAAAAUAAUUUCAGGACUGUCAUUUCCGAAGUAAAUAUUUUUCAAAAUGGACAGCAUUUUUGGACAUUGAUGAGAGAAUUGAGAUGAAAAAAUAUCCCGAACUUCGAAUUGUUGAUCUUCUUGAGUUAGUUUGAAUUUUAUAUGGUGGGAACUUUAUUGGAGUGAACGAACCAUAGUGCUAAUGAAAACUUUAAAGUGAAAAAAUUGUUAUGAAAAUGUUGAAACAGUGAAAUUUUUAGUGAUUUUUUCAAUGAAAAAUUAUUCAAAUGUUUACCCCAAAAAAUUAAACAAGGCAAAUUUUCGCCUUCUAGCCUAACUUCGAAUUCUUGCAGCGAAACUUCUCCAAAUGUUUCAACUCUUCAUUUUUCUAUCGAUUGGAUUGUAAAAGAUCAACUUUCACCCGCAAAAUAUCUAAGCGAUGAGGAAUUAAAAGAAAAUAUGAUAUUUCGAAAAUUCACAAAUUCCUCCACAAAAACCGACACUUAUAAACAACCAAAAUGUAUAAUUCGAGCAGAAAGAAUUGCAAUUAUGUCAAUUCAUCAUCCUCCCGCAAUUUAUGAUAACUCCAAAAUAUCAGUUGUGAAUUAUCGAAUUGCUGCUGUUCGACAUUAUCGAAAUUCAUUUCAUAAACUGUUUCCGGAACAAAUUAAGCGAAUGAUGGAAUAUGGACCAUGGAAAAAUACUACUGUAGCACCGUGGAUUUCGGAGAAUUUGACAAAGAAUAUUUUGAAACGGGUCAAGUAUUUGUAUGAUAUUAAAAUACCUUCGGAUAUUAUCAAACAGAAAUAUUAUGCAAAAGAAGGAAGUCAGAUGGAUUUGGAAAGAAUUAACGUGUAA